CACAGCUCUACCACAUGAGAGCAGCAGCACCAGUCGAUACCAGAAACUCGUUUCGCAUAUGACCGAUGAAAAAGUUUAUUCAUUUCCGGUGAAGAGUUCAACUGCCCCUGGAUAUAAAGGCAAGCAGCAGAGAUGGAGUCCAGCGAGGAGGGGGGCCUCAGUGUCGGGGGCUCUGUGGGAGAGGAAAACUAUUUCCUGGGUUACACCUUCACUGACCGCUCCCACUCCAGCCGGGUAGUGAAGAGCAUCAUGGACCUGUGUCUGGAGGACGGCCUGUUUGCUGAUGUCACCAUCACCGUGGACAGCAAAGAGUUUCACCUACACCGACUGGUGCUCUCGGCACAGAGCAGUUUCUUCCGCACCAUGUUCACCUCCAACCUCAAAGAGUCCCGCAACCGCUCCAUUGAGCUGAAGGAUGUCAGUGCCACUGUCUUUCAGUUGCUGAUUGACUACAUCUACCACGGCACUAUUAAACUGAGGGUGGAGGAGCUUCAGGACACCUAUGAGAUGGCAGAUAUGUAUCAGCUGACUGCACUGUUUGAGGAAUGCUCCCGCUUCCUCUCACGCACAGUAGAGGUCAAGAACUGCCUGCAGGUGAUGUGGCUUGCUGACCGACACAGUGACCAGGAGUUGUAUACUGCAGCCAAGCAUUGUGCUAAGAUCCACCUGGCCCAGGUGCAUCAGACUGAAGAAUUUCUUAAUCUGCCUCUCUGUCUGCUCUUGGACAUCAUCAAAGAUGGAGUUCCGAGCUCCCAGAAUCCAACGAUGGCCAUAGAGUCGUGGAUAAACCACAACAAGGUGGAGAGAGAGGAGUUUUCUUGUAUCCUCCAAGAAAAUCUCAAGGAAAUCGGGGAAAAUGUCCACAUUUACCUGAUUGGUAAAGAGGAGGCGCGGACUCACUCCCUGGCUGUGUCGCUUCACUGUGACGAGGAUGAUGCGAUCAGUAUAAGCGGCCAGAACAGUUUAUGCCAUCAGAUCACUGCAGCGUGUAAACACGGAGGUGACCUGUAUGUGGUGGGGGGGUCCAUCCCUCGCCGCAUGUGGAAGUGCAACAUGCACACCAUGGACUGGGAGCGCUGCGCGCCACUGCCCAGAGACCGCCUCCACCAUACAAUGGUCUCUGUCUCUACCGAGGACGCUAUCUACUCUCUAGGAGGUAAGACGUUGCAGGACACACUUUCUAACGCCGUCAUCUAUUACACAGUGAAGGACAACAUGUGGACAGAGACCAGCCAGCUGGACACUGCAGUGUCCGGGGCUGCUGGUGUAAACCUGGGAGGUACCAUCUACCUGCUUGGAGGAGAGGAGAAUGACAUGGACUUUUUUACUAAGCCAUCUCGACUGAUUCAGUGCUUUGACACCGCCUCCCAGAAGUGUCAGAUCAAACCUUACAUGCUACCGUUUGCUGGCUGCAUGCACGCUGCGGUCCACAUGGAUGUGAUUUUCAUCGUAGCAGAAGGAGAUUCCCUGGUGUGCUACAACCCUCUGCUGGAGAGCUUCACCCGCCUACGCUUCCCUGAGGUGUGGAGCUGUGUUCCUUCAUUGUGGAAGGUGGCCAGCUGUAACGGCUGCAUAUACGUCUUCAGGGACAAAUGUAAGAAAGGUGACGCAAACACGUUAAAGUUUAACCCAGCCACAUCUGUCGUCUCCGUUAUCAGAGGUAUAAAAAUCCUCCUCACAAACUGGCAGUUUGUUUUGGCCUAAAACAGCCUCUAAUUGUUCAUAAUGUGGUCCACACAGCUGCCACGGAGGAAUCAGGGAAGACUGUUGGAUAACUUACCAUGACUUCACUGUUCAGACAUCCUGUGAGGAGACCUGCUUUAAAUGUAUUUACUCAGCUGGUUUCUGUGUCACUCAUUCCAUUCGGACACCAGACCAGUAGAAACAGUUCAACGGUGUGUGUGUGUCUCCUUCCUCUAUUAUUCCAGUGUUUCUCAUUGUGGACACUUUGAAAUAGCUGUGAAGUCAAAAAGUUGAAGUCAUUGACAAUUGAUGCUGUAACCAGUGAUGAACUAAUUAACAUUGUUUCCUGUGCACUACUUGUUUAUUGACACGCAUGACCAACUUCAAUGUAAAAACAUAAAACAUCCAUCGGUAUAUCGUAAGUAAAUACAUUUGUCAUGAUGUUGUAGGUUAAAUCUUCUCAGAUGUCAAAUUUGAAGUCAAAUGUGGAUAAACAUGAAACAGAUGAUGUUUUCUAACUUUUUAAUUUUUCACAGUUUCUUGUCUUGAGAUUGUAUUUUUGAUGUACAACGUACAUGUUGAAAUCAAAAAUGGGAAAUAUAUCGCUGUGACUACUGUA